GUUUUGGGGGGGCCGGACUGCCCUCUGACACGACCCUGUCACAUGAGAGGGGGAAUCGACACCUACUGUAGGCCUGCCAAACAGCUCAGGUUAAGGUUAUGAAUCAGUCAAGAGAGAGGGAGGUCAACUGAGCAACAAUGAAUAUGUGCAAUCGAGAGAGAGGUCGCUGUGCAGAGAUGGCUAUGGUAUGCCUGACAGAUUUUGAGGAGUAUGCCAAGGAACAUCUGUCAAAAGCCACCUGGGAUUAUUAUGCAGCCGGAGCAGAUGAAUGCUGCACCAGGGAUGACAAUCUACUGGCUUACAAAAGAAUCCGUCUGAGACCUCGUAUCCUGCGGGAUGUGUCAGUAAGCGACACUCGGACCACAGUGCAGGGAACAGAAAUCAGCUUUCCAGUUGGCAUCGCGCCUACUGCCUUUCAUUGCCUGGCCUGGCAUGAAGGAGAGAUGGCCACAGCUCGGGCCACAGAGGCACUAAACACCUGCUACAUCACCAGCACCUACUCCACCUGCUCAGUGGAGGAGAUUGUGGCAGCGGCUCCCAACGGCUACCGCUGGUUCCAACUGUACGUGUACCGGGACAGGAAGCUGUCGGAACAUAUUGUGCACCGCGUAGAGGCCCUCGGCUACAAGGCCCUUGUCCUCACUGUCGACGUCCCCUACACUGGAAAGCGUCGCAACGACAUCCGCAACCAGUUCAAGCUGCCACCACACCUCAAGGUCAAGAACUUUGAUGGUGUCUUCCAGGUAACACCGGAGGCUGCGGGCCCAGAGGAAUAUGGGAUCCCAGCCAACACCUUGGACCCGUCCAUCAGCUGGAAGGACGUGUACUGGCUGCAGUCCAUCACCCGUCUGCCUAUUAUUAUCAAGGGCAUCCUAACCAAGGAGGACGCUGAGCUGGCCGUGGAGCAUGGUGUCCAGGGAAUCAUUGUAUCAAACCAUGGGGGGAGACAGCUGGACGGAGGCCCAGCUUCGAUUGACGCACUGUCAGAGAUCGUGGACACGGUGCAGGGUAGGAUCGAGGUCUACCUGGACGGUGGAAUCAGGACAGGAAGUGAUGUACUGAAAGCGCUUGCCUUGGGAGCCAAGUGUGUGUUCAUUGGCCGACCAGCAGUGUGGGGCCUUGCAUACAAGGGUGAAGAGGGAGUGAGGGAAGUGCUUCAAAUCCUAAAUGAUGAGUUCCGUCUGUCCAUGGCUCUAUCGGGUUGCCGGAACGUAGCUGAAAUCAACAGGAACCUCAUCCAAUUCUCUAAACUCUAACCUACCAGCAGAUGGCAGCACUGAGGACGAUUACGGCAUCCACUGAACAGGAUUCACCACUGAACCAAAACCACUGUGUUGACAAAGAGCUCGAGACUCCAUCAUGGGGAGAAAAAAAGACUGAAAGAUGUUCGAUGAUGUCAGAACAGAAUUCAUACCUUUAUCAUGUCAGGAGAACACGAUACAUGCACUCAGACUAAAAAGCUUCCACAAUUUGGAAACAGCAUCCAAAAUUUAUUCAUGCAAGAGUGUAGGAGUGGGUCUUGGGGAAAGAUAAGGCAUCAGAUUUAGCAAGUCGUGAUGAUUUUUGCUUUUGGACUGGAAGGGAUGGAGACACUACAUUGAACUAACAAACUUCUCUUGGUUUUACUGUAAUGAAUAAUGACAUACUGACGUACUCUACAGUUUGAGAUGCUACCAGUGCUUGUGGUUAAUAAAUGCCUGUUGAGGUGAUGAAGAA